GUUAAGGUGACAUGCCAGUGCCAUGGAUGCUUCACAAGCAUAGGUCUUACAUUCCGCACAUCGCUGAGAGGGCAUUGACGGUGAAGCAGCUCUGCGACCUACGCAUCUUCUUGCAAAGGCUUUGCAAGGCCAAGUUGCUGACUCGGCGGCAGGCUUCGAAUGCAGAUCCGCUGCAGUGGCAUCAGUUAAACUUGUACCAUGUGACGGACGAAGUGAUUAAACCUGUCAUUAGCUUCCGCGCGAAAGGCGCGCAUGCAGGAUACUCCUGGGCGGAAUUGGUGGCAGAAGGACCUCAAAAGCCGCAAUUGAUGGUCAGUCACUGGUGGGGGGGACGUUUUGUGGAUUUCAUGUAUGCCAUUGACAGGAUUGUGGAUGACAAAGCUUUGGGCGUUGGGGCCGCCUUGUGGAUUUGCACGUUUGCUAACAACCAGUUUGGAGAAGACUUUGGUGCAAAUAUCCGGGAUACACCUUUUGUACAAGCCAUUCAACAAGCAGAUGCCACCAUUCUGAUGGUUGAUCGUGAUGCGGGAUCCUUGAGACGUAGCUGGUGUUGCCUUGAGCUGCACUACACCAUCUUGCAGGAGAAAUCCUUGGAGUUUUACACCUCCGCUGGUCCCAUUGGAUCCAAAACGGUUUCUUCAGGACUCUUGGUGGAUGCAAUCUCUGAGUGGGAUGUGCGAGAAAGCGCCGCUUCAGAGGAAGCGUACCGACGUCAGAUUUUGAACUUCAUCGCUGAAGUGCCGGAGCAUUCUGGGUUGCUCACGGCUUCGGGAAAACUUCUCUUGUCCGACGACCAGCGGCCUCAAGUGGACCCCUCCGUGAAUCAAGAGCAAUACGAGCGGGAAUUCAUGGAUUCGCAGCGCAAGGCCUUUGAGGAUCUGAACAUGAACGUGCGUUUCUCCGUGAUCGGCUCCAUAGGCCGGCAGAACAGGGCCAAAGGAUGCAGAAUCCCCGAUGCAUCGCAGAGGGGCAUCACCUUGGGCCAGUUGCGGACCUUUGCGCGCAAGGCCAGCCGAGCCUUCAAAAAGAUGUGGCCAGAGGUGGAUUGGCAGAAAGUGUCCACGGACCAAGUUUGCGAGCAUUUCGUUCUGCCCCAGACCAGACACUUUCAGAGUCUCCCGCCGCAUGUUGGGUGUUCCUAUGUGGAGCUUGUAGCCGAUGGGCCUCAGUUUCCUUCCAUUUACAUCGACUACCAGUUCUCCAUGUUCUUUGCGGACAUCAUGGCCUGUGUUGAAUGGCUAGCGGAGGCUCUGCGACUGAAAGACUCUGACGUGUUUUACUUCAACUUGCUGGGCUACAACCAACACUGCGUCGGCGAAGAGAUCAGGGCCAAUUCAUACGACCAAGACAACAACUUGGCGGUGGACAAGGCCCAAUCUGGCUGCCACAGCUUUCUGCUUGCAUCAAGUGCUGCAACCGCCACUGACACGUCUGAGGAGAAGUGGACCUUGUGUAGGGCCUGGCGGCUCUACAACAUCGAGUGCGCUGUGAGCUUGGGACAGGCAAUGUACAUUACUUGCCCUUCAGGAGUGAUGGCGUGCACAAAGUUGUUCCCGAACGGGCACUCCAAGUUUGGGACGGUUGACCCUAGCAUCAUCAAGACAAUCUUUGAGACGACUGAGGCUGACAUUCUGCAAGCUCCCUGUGCACUGGAGGAGGAUCGCAAGAAGAUCUUGGCAUUUCUCCAAGGGGGGCACAAGGGUUUAGGAGUGCAGAGGCUGCAACUACGCCUGCAACGAUGGAGUGCAUUUCAUUUGGCUCUGGUCUUGGCUGGCAACCGAGAUGACCCUUCAUUAUUGCAGAAGAUCCUGUCCAUACCUGGCUUCAGUAUUCAUUCUGAGUUUGCCAAGGGGGCCUUGGGCGAAAGCGCUUUACACAAAGCAGUGGCAGGCAACCGACUCAGAACCGUGGAGAUGCUUCUUGAUUUGGGGCUUUCCCCCAAUUCCACGGAUGCGAUGCAAGAGACCCCUCUGCACUAUGCAGUUCUGGCAGGAGAUGCCGCUAUGGUGGAUCUGCUAAUCGCACGAAAAGCGGAUCCAAUCAUGGAGUCCACUUUCGGUGAAACUGCGCUGGAGGUUGCUGCUCAAAAUGCUGCGGCCUUCUUAGGCCACGAAUCUGCACCGCUAGCGCGACAGCUCGAAGAAGCCGAGCAACGCGCGUUUCUGGAAAGCGAAAGUGCCUCCUUUCCUUCCAUCUCACCCAGCUCCACCUUCGGUGUUUAAGAGGC